CUCCGCUCGACACAACAACAACCUCAUAACAGUAGAUAUCAACAACACCCACUCCGCCCUCUCAUCCGAUCAACCCUCCAUAUCUGAAGCAAUCCGAAUCCCCCACCACAAACGCACCCUCACCACCUCCCCAUCCAACAGAACAAUCAAUCAAUCAAUCAAUGCUUCUCCGCACCACCCGCCUCCCAGGCCUCCUCCUCCGACCCAACCGGCAAUUAUUCUCAACCAGCACCUCCAAAAUGACCACCAACACUCCAGUCGAAGACCUCAUCCGCGAAAAGCUAACAACAACCUUCACGCCCACGACCCUCCUAAUCCGCAACGACUCGCACAAACACGCCCACCACGCGCCCAUGCGCGACUCCACCUCCAAGGAAACCCAUUUCCACGUAACAAUCACUUCCUCGGCCUUCGCUUCGAAACCCCAGCCCGCGCGACACCGGAUGGUCUACAGUCUCCUCAAAGAGGAGAUGAGUCGGGAGGGCGGGAUCCAUGCGCUGCAGUUGCGGACGAAGACGCCGGAGGAGGAGGGGCGGGAGAGGGAGAGGGCGGCGCAGUUGCAGUAAUGUCAAAAGAUUAUCAUCACACAAGGCACAUAAUCGGGAGUUCGGUUUUGAGGUACUAGGUAGGUUUGGGGGAGGGCUAGACAAUACAUAAUUGUACAUCCCCGCAUUCAGAUACAUAUAUGCAUGCAACAGUUAAUCGC